GUGUGAAAUGGCACCAGAAUCCAGUGCAAGUGUCAUUCGCCUCGCAGCGCAGCAGCAGCAAGCAAACGUUGACGACUUUUGAAACUUGUUUUUCCUGCUGUGCUUUUUUGCUAGCGGGGUUCUUCGUCGGCUCGGUUUUCGCGUUCACAAGAAGAAGAGUGGAAAAUAGUGUCUUGUUUUUCCGAAAUUGGCGACAGUUUCUGAGUGAAAAGUGCGUUUUUCAGGCCGGAAAGUGCAGCCCGUAUCCGGCGGAACCGGGCACCGUGUGAUUUACAGUGCGGCGGCGCGGUGGUGAGUGGAUUUAAUUCAAAGUAGAGUAACAGAGAGAGAGAGUGUGUACUUAAUAUAAUAAAACAAAAAUCAGUGUGCUGUGAGUGACUAACCAAAAAAAUAAAUCAAACGGUUCAUGCAUGAUGGCCGAUGCUACUAACAAUAGCAGUAGUACUAGUAACAACACAGCAUCGGCAACCUCCGGCGAGCCGAUUCCCCAGUGGAAGAAGGAACUGCUUCAGCGCCGGAAGAACCUCGCCAAAACGAUCGGAACUGCUGCGACGCAGGUCCACGACAGUGCUUCCACGGUGGCAGCGGCACUCACGACGACACCGACGACGCCGCGGGUCGGCGGCCCGAGCGGCGGGAACCCCUUCGGAAGCGGUGGCCAGAAAGAUCCAUCGGUAGUGGCAGCACCGUCCAUCGUGGCAGAUACCACCAUCAGUGUACCAUCAGAGUCAGCUACUAGUCCUACUCCCAGUGCUAGUAGUAGUAUUGAUAGUAGUAGUUGUAGUAAUAAUAACAAUAAUAAUGGUGAUUCACCUGCUUCGCCCACCGCAGCUACCACGCCGACGUCGCUGUUUGGUGCCCCGGUGUUCGUAGGUCAUUCGCCACCAGCAGCAAAUGAACAACCGCAGUCGGCAGUGUUGGUGAAGUCUGCCUUUGUCGGAGGUGCCACCACUACAGCCGCCAGCAGCGCUGCCACUCGAGCAACCGAAGUGCCGUUGCACGCUACUCCUCAGUCACAUUCCAAUGACGGUCCGGAGAGCACCAGCUGCAGUACUAGCCGAUCGUUAAGUCAUCUUCAUAGCAGUAACAACAGUGGUGCGUCGAGUGGUGGUCCAGUGGGAAAGUAUGCCGCCGCCACCUCCGGUAGUGGUAUUAGUGCUAGUGUCAGUGUCGAUUGUGAGCUAACGCGACCAGCUUCUUCAGGUGAAACCAGCAGCAACAGUUAUAGCAGUGAGAUUGGUUGUUGGAAAUCGAAGAAAAACACUUCAAGUGCUUCGAGCAGCAGCAGCCCCAAAAUGGUUGCAGCGAGUGCUGAAGAGAUUAUUUACGAGAAGAAUCCAAGAUUUGUGGGACCCGGUGGCGAGGGGACCCCAGUUGACGUGGACCCUUCGGAAGAGUUAAAGUAUGGACCGGGAAUAGUGUCAAAGUUACGUUGUCGUUAUUUGAGCCUUGCACUGAGGCAAUCCGCAAACAAGCAGAGGCCUUCGUUGAAUAACAUGCGUAGGGCUACUAGUUUGAACAAUCUGCUGGACGAGGAAGGCGAAGAUCUGAGUGAACGGGAACAAUCGAUCGAAGCCAAGGAUCAUCACCAGUUGUCGCAGGAUAAAGGCUACUUCCAGCAGCAGGGAAAAUUCGGACACGUCCAGAGCAACCAGAUGAACGCGCAACCACCGAAGGCGAAAACUCCAGACGAGUACAUCUCGACGUUCCAGAAGAGCGUGCAGAACAGUUAUACGCGAAGUGGCCGACAGACGGAGAAGAAGAACGAGUACAAUCGGUACAAUAAGCAGCGUGGUGCGGAUUCGCUGAAACGGGCCCGAUCAGUUGAGGCGCUGGUGCGCUACGAUCAUAAGGCCUGGGAGCGUGAUAUACAGAAGGAAAAUCUAUACAGUAGCAACGAUAGCAAUGUGAUCAUACUGGAUGAGAUUACCUGUACCAACGGGACCAACGGCAACAACACCAACAAUUGUCAAUCGGUGGCGAUGAACAAGGCUGACCUGAUAACGGACUGCGUUACGAUCGAGGAAAAGAUCAUCAACGGUCGGGAAAAGGGCGACCCGAAGCCCAAGCGGUUGACCUCGUUCAUCGAUGCGGAUGAGCGUCCUCCGCCGGAUGUCGUUCGGCAGACGAUGAAAAUUUUCGAAGCCAAUGCCAAUCGUAGGGGACGACCUGUUGCCAGGACUAACGGUGCUGCCGGUGAAGUCGCUGCCAAAGUAGCCAGCUACAAAUCGAUCAUUUCCCACGAGAAACCGCCAAUUACCCAUCCCAAACCGCCGCUCAGUCCCAAGAAGCCAAAUAUCAUACCGCGUACUACUAGUCCCAAGCCGAACGGCACUCCUGCCCCGGCCAAUGCGCCAACCGCCGUUGCCAACGGUCUGAAAGAUAAGCCGAACCUUCCCAAGCUUGACAUUAACGUGAUCCGUAACAAUCUGGAAACAACCAACAACCUCAAGAACUCGGCCGCCGCAACAACACCCAUUCAAACGCCGCCACCCGCCAAUCACAACAAUAAUAUCACCACAUCUACACCGCUCUCGGUGCGCGUGGUAGAAUCGCAAACGUACCGUCUCAAGUAUGACUCACCUGCCUUAUCGCCAAACAAUACUGCCGCCACAGCCGCCGCCGUCGUCGUUGCUCAACACAAAGUCACUUCUAGUACGACGACAAACCGAUCGGAGAGUCCUCGAGCCUGUAUGCAAAACAACACAAACAGUACGGCUCUCGCGUUCGUCGAUUCACCAUCGAUUCCGACUCUAGCGAGCAAGCUCAACAAUCUAAACAUCGUGACCUCUACCCCUACGAGCACCCGCUCGCCCACGCCGCAAGAUUUACCGCCGCAGGCGCCGCCUCGUCACAUUCCUCUCCAAUACGCCACCAGCGAUGAGGAAGAUCCGGACGAUCCAGAAGACCAGCAGCACGAAUAUUCGAUAAACAACAGCGAUUGCGACGACGACGACGACGACGACCACGAUUAUCAAUCGGAUGACCUUGAACCGGAAGGCGACGACGAGUUCGAUUUCCAGGAGGUGAAGAAAGUGUCCCGCUCAGCGAUGGACAACAUUUCCAAGGCCGGCGUUACGACGCAAUUCCGCUUCAACGGUCAAUCGUCGCAGCAGAACAAAUCCCAUCUUCCGGCGCUCACCGGAGGAGCAAAGCUGCUCUCCAACAAGAAACUGAACGUCGACGAUCAUCACCAGUCGGCUUCGAAUUCCUCUUCGUCGUCGUCAUCGCCGAUCACAGUGCCAGCAGUAGCAGCAGCAGCACCGGUUGUCAUCGCUCACAAGCCGCCUGUGCCACUGUCACGUGAAAGUCUCGCGUCCACCAAUGGCCUUAAGCCGAUUAAUAACAACAACAACAACAACAACAGUAAUAUCGGUAGUGUUACGCAUAAUCUGAGUAAUGUUAGCAAUAGCAAUGCCAAUACUAAUAAUAGUGUCAGUAGCAACAACGGAAGCAAAGUGGUGAUAAAUGAUUCGGUCGCUCCGGCGCCGCCCAAUGUGAGUGUAUCAAGUGACGUGUCGUCGAAAACGGUGAAUCUAACCGCACGCGAAAUCGAGAAGAAUCAAAUCAAUCUGGAAAAGAGCGAAGAAUCCCUCAAUAAUAGUGCCGGUUCGGCUGCUGUCGCCACAGCCGCCGCCGCCUCCGCCGUCGCUAACAGUGCUAGUGUUGUUCUUACGAAAGCCAGCGGUGGUGACGUUGCCACCAGUGGCGGUGACUUCUUCAUGGCUAAAUGGGGCGGUGCCACCGCCCAAAAGCCGGCCGAAACUGUCGUCGUCAGUAGCCCUCUGGCAGGGCUGGUGCCCACGAAGAAGAAGGUCAAGGCACCGCCGCCGCCCAUCGAAGCCAACACGAUGGUUUUCAAUUUCAGCGACCGGAAAGAGGUACCGGAUUAUAUCGAAAACGACGGAAUCAUUCUGCGACCGCGGCCACGGGAACUGCCUAAGCCCGGCGAGUCCGGUUUCGUGGUGCUGGGCGACCUCACGCUCGAAACCUCGACCGAUCCGGACGAUUCGUGGGCCAUGGGACCCCCGUCGCCGUGCGAUGUCGAGUUCGCCAACGCUAACAUUGUGAUCAACGGUAAAUCCAGUAUGAGAAACAAGACUACUAGGGAUAGCAAGUUCAAAAUCCAAUUUGACGAUUCAUUAACCUCGACCUUUGAGUACCCAUCGGAGACGUCGCUGCUGGAGGCGAAUGGCUACGGUGGUGGUGGUGACGAUACAACGGAUACCGCCAACGGUUUGAAGGAUGCUGCCGCCAUUCUCGCAGCCGUCACCAUCAACAGCAGCAGCGGCAGCAGCAGUACGAACGGUGGUGGACAGCAGCAAACGAUGGCGGCGACGGCGACGGCCGACAGCGGUGGCGGCGGUGGUCUCACCUUUGGUGACAACGGACUGCUGUCGCACAAGAACAACCUUCUCUCGUCGAUGCCACUAGGCUCCGCUCCUUUUGCUAGUUAUACCCCAGUAAAGGCCGCCAUAGAUACCAACUUCGAACUGGGCGUCACGCGAACGCCGUCCCCGUCGAGCACCGCCAGUAGUAGCACUGCCAGCAGUACUUGCAGUAGUAACAGUAGUAACGCCACCGCCCACAACAACGACCACCAUCAGCCCCAUCAGCAGCAGCAGCAGCAGCAGCAACAGCCACAGCAGUCGCAGCACCAUAAUCAUUCGAAUGGUCAUCACCAUCAUCAUCAUCACCUUCACCAGCAACAGCAGCAACAGCGAAUCAACGGAACCGAUGGCAGUGGGUUGCUGCUGCUGAAUGGCGAAAUGGGUGAACCGGAAAGUAUACAAUAUCUGAAACCGGCUUCCGACGAGCAAACGGUCAACUGGAGUCAGGGAACCCGUGUCACUGAUUUGCUUUUCUAAGAACGUCCCGUGUGGGGGUCCGUUUUCGAUUAUUAAAUUGUAAGCAAUUUUCUGUGUAAUUUGUUUAUCAUUUUUUUUUUUGUGUAAUUAGCUAUUUGGUAAAACACAUCUUUCAGAAGUGGAUUCUAUAAACAAACACACAUGCAUACCUAUAAGCUUAUCGUGAAGAACUUAUUAAGUAUGAUGUUUUCGAUGUUUCGAUGUGUGAAAUGAAAGCAAUUCGAAUAACAAAAAUCGUUUUGAGAAAAAUCCAUACAGUUAAACAAAAACACUAAUCAGUAUCAGAGGUAGAAAUGUGUCCAAUUUUUAAAUCGAACAAACAAAAAUGUGAACUUUCCGAAAAAAGACAAGUUUAUUGCAGUAUUUAGAAUCGAUUCUUUUUUUAUAGGAUUACGCAUAACAGAAGUAAUUUGGGGAAAAUUUGAAUUGAAAGCGAAGUGAAUAUUAAUCAUUGUGAUGAAUAUACAAAACAAGAAAAAAAAAUGAGUAAACUUUAUAAAUAUUACCUAUAAAUAAAGCAUACUAGUUCUAAGCGAAACAAGGUUAUACACAAUAGGCUUACUAUUUUUUAGCUAUUCCGUAGAACGAUAGGGAAAAGACGAUUCUAAAUUGAUGAAACGAAAAAAAUUCCAUGCCUCUUACGACUGCGAGAGUUAAAGGCUAAAAUUUGAUGGCCAAUUCCACGCUGGAAUGGAAGAACGAUUUUUCACGUUUUCCAAGAAAAAUCGCUGCCCACUUUGGCAUGGAAUUGGUCGAACAUGAUUGAUCUUAUUUGAGGGCGGGAAAAGUUCGGAUUGGCAAGAUACCCUUAACUGCAUCUGCUGUUUAUGAUACCCUUUUGAACUAAUCAUUAGUGCUACCAUCUUUGUCUCAGUAAUGUAAACAAUCAUAAUGACGGUUUCCAUUCUUGAUUCAUAGAUGGCAGCACCAAUUUCGCAGCGAAACUUAUCACAAUCAGCCGUUGCUAUGUUGCUUUCUGCAGUUCUGUUGUAAGCUUGCAUAUUUCCCCGCGCACUUCCGGAUCAAUCGCACUAAAACAACCUUCCAUUCCCAGAGGUUUACCCCCCAAACCUUUUGAAUACAACUGUUAAGAAAUAAAUAAAAAAUGACACCAUGAUCAUUUUCUAUCCAUUUUAAUCGUGUAAUACUACAGUAGAACAAGUACGCUAUAGAAUACUUUAAACUAACUUAAAACAAGCAAGAUAUGAAUAACGCAAGCAAGAAACAGAUAGUCAGCAGCGAUUGGACCGAGUAUAAUGGAUCCUUAGUGUGGGUGUGUUUGUUUGGAUGAUGGAUUUGGGAGUGAACCGGAAAACCGGGCGACGACGAAGGGACGCACUUGGCCGAUACUCGAGCGAUGAUUGUGUUGAGUUUGAAGGUUAAAAACGAGUCGGAACAGUUCGAGCUAAGGAUUGCGCACUUGGCUUGAGUUCGGAAUUGGAAAAUAAAGUAAUCGACGGUUAAGAAGAAGAAAAAGAAGAGGAAGUGCAAGAAAAACCGACAUGUAAUUAUUAUAUGAUAGUAGGAUUCUUUUUCGUUCCGUGUUUCCUCUCUUUAUAUGUGCUAAUUGUGUAGUAAUCAAAUCAUCCCCCCCUUAAUAAAGGAAUAUCGAAAAAGUCUUACGCAUUUUAUGUAAAAUA